AUGCCUAAGAUGCAGAAUCGAGCUUUCCGCGGCCUCAAAGACGUGCUCAAAGAGCACUACACCAAGAAGAGUCUGGAGAAGAUGUCCUUCUUCGUCUCCGACUCUCUUCUCGAAGGCGUCCCCGACUUGUUCUCCAACGCCGUCUUCAGACGUGCCAUAUGGAUUGAGCAUGGUGUUGAAGAGAAGUUCUUGUUCGGCACGACCUCUUUCCCGGACAAGGACGAGGUGAAGAUGUUUCUGACCAAGGUGUUUUCCGACGCCAAUUGGCAGCUAGGUAACGAGCGUCGCCCCAUUAUCUUGGUAGGUCAGGGUGCCUACCAAGACUACAAGAUUGUCAAGAGCAGUUUCGGCAUCAACCUUCAUACUUUGGGUGUCAUCGACCUUCAUGCUUUGGAUGUCAUCGAUGUCAUCCAGUCAAAGUACAUCGCCAAGGACGCUGGUCUCGUUUCUGAGGGCAGCAGUGUCUCACUCCCGAAUUUGCUGAAAGGAUUUGGCCUCGACCCGAUUGAACUGGCUCUCCACAACGUUGGCAACGACGCCGUUGCGACGCUCCUGGUCGGCCUGCUGGCGAGCCUCAACGACAAGCUCCAUCCCCAGAACUCCCAUGCGCCAGUUGAUCUGAUCGCUGGUCGUCACAUCGCCGACAUCGUCGCCUCUGCUGCUCAAGGCAUCAAGGCCAACUCAAAGCCUUUCGGGGAUUGUUUGGUCUACUGUCACCGCUGCGAAAGUACUGGCCAAUGCGCCAGUGCCUGCACCGUCCCGGCCUGCGUCCGCUGCGACUCUUCCGAGCACGUCGCCUAUAAGUGCACAAUCGAUCUCCGGAUGGACGAGUGUGCGCACUGCAGUGAGCGCACACGCCCUUCUGAUAAGUGUCGGGACAAGGCGGAGUACGUUUGGUAG